AUGGCCGAAGGGCCAAGCGUGACCCUGUCGUUUGCGAACAACUUCUGGGGCAAAGACGAUGCCGGUGUCGGUCCGCUUCUGGAGCGGAUGCAUGCGGCCAAGCAGACGUCUGACGAACUGAAGUCGUUUUACAGCACCCGAGCAUCGAUUGAGGAUGAUUACGCCCGCAAGCUGCUGUCGCUGUGUCGCAAGCCAUUGGGAUCGCAGGAGACAGGCGCCCUCAGGUCGUCGCUGGACGUGAUGCGCGGCGAGGUCGAGUCGAUGUCUAAGCAACAUCAGUCGAUCGCAGCACAGAUGAAGACGGAGCUGGAAGAGCCGCUGGCGGCUUUUGCCGGGGCCAUGAAGGAGCGGCGAAAAAUUGUGCAGAACAGCAUUGAGAAGCUGCACAAGGUGAAGACCCAGCAGACACAGCAUGUGAACAAGUCACGCGAUAAAUACGAGCAAGAAUGUCUCAAGAUCAAAGGCUAUCUGGCCCAGGGCCACAUGGUGAUGGGCCAGGAGGAGAGGAAGAACAAGGCGAAGCUGGAGAAGACACAGAUCAACGUGGCGACGACAAACACGGAGUACGAGAAUGCAGUCAAGGUGCUGGAGGAGACGACGGCACGGUGGAACCGCGAGUGGAAAGCGGCGGCAGACAAGUUCCAGGACCUGGAGGAGGAGCGGCUGGACUUCACCAAGAGCAGCCUUUGGUCGUUUGCCAACAUUGCGUCGACGGUGUGCGUGAGCGACGACGCCUCAUGCGAGAAGAUCCGGCUGUCGCUGGAGAAGAUGGAGGUGGAGAAGGACAUUGCCCUCUUCAUCAGCGAGAGGGGCACGGGCCAGGAGAUUCCCGACCCGCCCAAGUACAUCAACUUCUGCCGGGGCGACCUGGACUCGCAGUCGGAGACAUCCGAGGAUGACAACUACUCCGUGGCCCAGUUUCCGCGCAGUAUCAACCCGGCCUACCGCACCUCGUCGCCACAACCGUCGACAUAUGAGUCACACCACGACCCCAACAACAUGGCAGUGGCCCGUGACAUGGGCGCCGGUGGUGGAGGACAGCCGCAGUCGGACCCGGGUUCACAGGUGAGCUCCCAGAUCAGCUCGCAAGUCAGCUCGAACUCGUCGGGACGGCCGUCCAGCCGCGACUCGCACAGCGACUACUCCAUCCCGGCACCAUUCUCGAGCCAGGAGGUGCCCAGCGGCUCGGCGUCGCCGGUCAAGAGCCCAGGUGGAGGCAGCGAUCUGGCUGCCAUCGGAGGUGACCCGGGCAUGAUGGUGCAAGCGGACGACACGAAAGCACAGAAGAAGAAGAGCGGAUUCUUCCAGAACCACAGUCCGUUCCGGCGCAAGAGCACCAAGGACAUUUCGGCAGGCGCGACGGCAGCGACGCAUCGCAAUACGUGGCACUCAUCCAUGGCUCAAGGUGGCCCUCAGCAACAGCAGUCACAGCCUCCGCCUCAGCAGCAGCAGAGCGGCGGUGCCGGAUCACAUCGCGGCUCGGUGUAUGGUGGAAGCAGCAGCAGCCGCUUUGGCAGCAGCAUGGGUGUGGGUGCGAUGGAACAGCCGCGAAACCUGUUGACGGACCGCACGGCCAGCCCAGAUCCCAUUGACGCGAAUGCGAGCCUGGCCCUGAACGUGGGCCAGAACGUGUUUCCGGUAGCGACACCGGCGCGCCGGGGUGCGGGAGGCAGCAAUGGACAGUCGGCUCCGGCCGAAGCUGCUGAGGAAGAUCCGAUUGCACUGGCGCUGGCAGAGCUCAAGGGCGUCACGGUUGGCGGCAAGCAGUCGGCGGGACGGAUGUCGGCCGACCACUACCACGGCAUCUCGACGCCGGUGCCGGGAGCCCGCAGCUCGACUCUUGGAGCCAGCAGCGGCAGCAACGGCGCGGUGGCAGCAGCGAUGCGCGGCACGCCGCCUCCGUCGUACGAUCAGCAAGUGCAGCGACUGGGCGUUCCGGCGGCGGCUGUGACGUCCAAGGCGAUGAAGCAGACGUCGCAAAAAUUUGUGGACCAGACGCGCAAUCUGUUCAGCCAGCCGCCGGGUGGCAACCGCCACGGAGCGUCGGCGUCGAUGUCGAGCAAUGCAUACACAACUCCGCAGUCUCGCAGUGGAGGUGGUGGUAUGGGAGCGGGAAGCGUCAGCGGUCGCAGCAGCGGUCGCAACAGCUACGACAUGCCGCGAGACACGUCUCCACGGCCAGGCACAGCAGCAGCGCGACAGCAGUAUCAGCAGUCACCCCAGCAGCAAGACUACCGGCGGUCGACAUCGCCGAACCCCCAGGCCGAACGGCAACGACGGCAGUCAUCGUACCAAGCGCAGCAGCAGCAGCCGAGAGGCUCUGAACAGAGCUUGUACGGCCACCAGUCGUCCAACAGCAUGCCGUCACGGGCUGUGUCUCCGUCACCAUAUCGCGGCGAUUUCCAGCCAGGCAGCAGCGUGGGCAGUGGAGGUGGCGGUUAUGGUGGUGGCAGCUAUGGCAGUGGUGGUCGUCCUGGCAGCAGCAUGGGUGGCAGUCACAAUGGCGACAUGGCAGUGCAGCUGGCACCGAUCGGCCCGACAUCAGCGGAUGACGGCUAUGGGUCUCAACGCGGUCGUGGCAGUCGGCCGGGGACCAGCAGCUCCAACUCGCGGGCAAUGGGCCUGUAUGAGGGUGCAGGGACGUUGCGGCAGCGCAGCAAGAGCCUGGCCGAGAAUCGGCAGUACACGCGGGACGGGCGACCGAUUAUGCAUUUUGCACGUGCACUCUACAUGUACCAGGCUGCGAUCCCCGAGGAGCUCGGCUUCGGCAAGGGCGACGUGUUGGCGGUACUGCGGCACCAAGACGACGGCUGGUGGGAGGCGACGGUGCAUGGCGGCAGCGGACAGGUCGGGCUGGUGCCGAGCAACUACCUGCAGCCGUGUUAG